AUGGUUAAAAAGCAAUUCAUCGAUAGGAAGAACGCCCGUCAUUUCCAUUUGGUCCAUCGUUCCCAGCGUGACCCCCUCUCUCGCGAUGAGUCCGCCCCCCAGCGAGUUCUGAAAGAAGUCAUCCCCUCCAACCUUAUCGGAAAAGUCGCUCUCCCCCAGGAAGAGUUUGACGGCGAAGCAUACUCUGACGGCGAUGACGAUAUCUUUGGAGAGCAUGGUACAGAGGACGGGAUCAAUUAUGGUACCUAUGACCGUGAGGACGGGGCGGUCGAAUUGCUUGAGGCACCCGUUGCUGCGGGCAAGAAGAAAAAGGACACUGCUAAGAACGAGGAGAAAAUUGGAGAGGCGGCAAUGUUGGGAUUGGUAGGCGAUGACUACAACGACGGCUCAUACGACUACUCGCAGCAUUUCAAGGAGAUUGGAACCUCGUCUGAGGGUGUCUUCAUGGCCGCACCCAAGGUCGCCGCUCAACAAAAGAAGGCCGCUCAACAGUCUCGUGGAAUCCAGUUUACAGAUGUGGACGCUGCUGGUGAAAUGGCUCGCGAGAAUGUUGGAGCUGCUGCAGGAAAGAAGAAGGGCAAGAUCCAGUUGCCCUUGGGUGUCUUGCAAUCGAGGGAAGAGUUGGACUUUGCUGAUGUCUACCAGAGCGCUGUGCCCAUGGGUCUUCAGCCUGAUAUGCCCUUUGAUAUUCGUCAGACCUUGGAGGCUUUGGAGGAUGAAGAGUUUGUGGACGGAGAUCUGGACGAGUCUUUCUUUGACCAGCUGGAUGAGGAUGGCGUUUUUGAGGAGGAGGAGGUCGAGGAGUACUAUGAGGACGAGGACGAGGAUGGUGAGGAGGGCGCCCGUCAGGGAUGGGAGGCUGAUUUCAAAAAGUUCAAGAAGGCACAGCAAAACCAUUCGGACGACGAUUCAUUCGAAGGAUCUGAUGACGAACACAGCCAGACCUCUCGGUCAUCCCGCCGCCCAGCCGGUGCCUCUGCUUCGACCUUUUCCAUGUCGUCCUCCGCCAUGUUCCGUAACGAGAACCUGACACUCUUGGACGAGCGGUUCGACAAGAUUGAGCGCGAUUACGAGUCGGAUUCGGACGAUGAUGAGGACGAAGGCACAGAUUUCAAGGGCGAGGAGCUCCGCAAGGAUUUCGACUCGAUUCUGGACGAUUUCUUGGACAAGUUUGAGAUUGUGGGUUCCAAGAUGGUCCCAAGACUAGAGGGCGCGACCUCAGAGAACAAGUUGAGCACCAUCCGUAAUGCUCUUCUUGUGGACGAGGGCGAGGAGGAGCGUUCGGUGGCGACGACUGUUGGAGGCACUCGCCGGCCCAAGAAAAACCUGGACAACGAUAUCGCGACCGAGUUGCAGACGGAUUUCAGGAGCCGUGCCGAGAGGAUGCGUGAUAACUGGGAUGUGCAGACCAUCCUGAGCACAUACUCCAACCUCGACAACCACCCUGGCAUGAUCAAGGAGCAGCGUCGCCGCAGGAUACACAUCGACCCUAAGACCGGUAUGCCCGUCGUCACAGAGAAGCUCUCCAAGAAGGCAUUACAGCGUCAGGCCGAGGUUGCGGCUGCUGAGGAGGCCGCUGCCAAGGCUGAGAACGGUGAUGCUAGUGAUGAUGAGUUUGAUGAGGAGGAUGACUCUGAAGACGAGGAGGCUGAGAACCUGGGUGUUAAGCGUAACAAGGCCGAGACCAAGGAGGAGAAGAAGGCACGUAAGGAGGCUAUUAAGCAGGAGAAGAAGAGCCGUCGUGAGACCAAGAAGGCGACCAAGACUGCAUUCGCCAACGAGAAGAACCGACAGGAGAAGGUCAUGAAGAACAUCAAGAAGGAUCAGGGCGUCACGCAUCUGGACUAA